UUUGAAAUAUCUCUGUGACCAUUUAUUUUCAACAAAAUCCCAAGUACAAAACCUUCCCAUUUCCAUCUACUUCAUUCCUAUUAUUGUGAAUCAAAUCUGGGUUCUUCUCAAUCCUCCGAAUUAAUGCCUAAUCAGGUAUGUUGCAUGGAGAUGAGGAUUAAUCUGGACUGUCCAGCUUGUUGCAAGAAAAUGAGACGAGUCCUGCUGAAAAUGAAGGAAAUAGAGACGCAUAUGAUAGAGAGGCAACAGUGCAGAGUAUGCAUAUGCGGGAGAUUCGAUCCAGCAGAAGUAGCAAUAAAGAUAAGGAAGAAAAUGAAGCGUAGAGUAGAGAUAAUGGAUGUUCAGCUAUUCAAUAACCAGGAAGAAGAAGAAGAAGAAGGCCACCAAAUCCCCCAUGGCGACUUCGACCAACCCAUCGCUCAGCCUGCGUAACUAGCUUUCCUUGUAUAUAUAAAUGAUGAUUGGUUAUAUCAUUUCAUUUUUUUUCAUUGUAGUUUAUUUAUUUAUUCUUGUACUAAUUAGUGUGAACUCUGGACUUUAUUUGGGUGAUAUGAUUGUCUAAAUUAAAAUUU